AUGAAUAAACCAGCAAAGGUUAAUGUUACCAAUGGAUCAUAUACUAAUGAAACUACAGAUAGUAGCAAUGGGUACUCACCAGAGAAGCAUCUUAAGGUUGACAGAAAAUUUUUGCCAAUACACUCAAGACAAGAAAUGGUUUUCAGUGAUGAAUACAAGCCAAUCAGCAAGCCGAUCAAGAAAGUCGGGGAAGAGCUCCAGCCGAUCAAGAAAGUCGAGGCAUGUGUGUCUAUUUUUCCAAUGUACAACCUUGCCAUACAUUUGAUUUGGAUAGCUUGA